CCUGAUUCGAGUUGUUGCGUGUUGUUAUAUCGCCAUUCUAUCUGAAGAAAGGUUUUACGCUUUAGAUCUCAGUGAUUUUAUUCAUCAAAAAGUGCGAAGCAUGUCCUCAGCAAGCGGUGAUGAGGCCGAGACGGUGACUGAACCAGUGAAACGCACCAGAUCAGGCCGGGCCCGUAAAACGGCAGUAGUUGCAAAAAAGUCACCUGUGAAGAAGCUUCUCGCUAGAGCAAUGCAUACUCCGAAAAAGAUACAUGAGGUUGAAGAAGUGCAGGCAGAAUCAUCUGUAUUGGAAGAAACUAUGAUAGAAAAUAUGCCUGAGAAUGGAGUUCAACAAUUGUCAGAUAUUAUUGUUGAGCAACGCUGUGAAGAAGAUACUCCUAUGUUGCACUUGGAAUUAGAAGAUUCUGAUGAUGCUAAUAUACAUGAAAUGAGUUUAUCUCAAAAUGAUGAGAUAGAGCAUGAUGUAGAAGAUAUGGAACACUCUAACAUGAGAGCAGAAGGUGUAAUUAUAGAAGACAGCAGCAUGGAUAAAGUAGAAAUCCUGGCUGAACAUAGCGAAAUUGAGAUAGAGGGUCAAGACAUCAGUAAUGAUUCAAAUCAGCAACGUGUGUUGAUCACUUUUCAAGAUGUUAUUGAAGACAGCAAUACUAUGACCCAGCAGAUCUUAGAAACAGAAGAGGUAGAUUCGGAAAUGACCCAUACUGUUGGCACUGGAAUACAGGUUAUGGAAAUUGAGGAUUCACAGCAAGAAAUGUCGGAAGUUGUAGACACAGUCAUAAGCAAAGUAGAAGAACCUGACACGGAGGUGUCUCAGAGCGACUCUUUGCCACGCAUUGAAGUAACCGAAGUUGUUGAGAAUGAAGAAGAAGAUGAUGUGAAGAAAACAGAGCCUGAUACAGAAGCUGUAUCAGAAGAUGAGCUGCCAAACGAGGCUGCGGCCAAGGAACCUGAAACUGAAGCUGUUUCUGAUGAAGAAUUGCCGGCCGCUGCUCCAGCAGAUUUGGGUGAAACUGAGUCUGUGUCGGAAGAUGAAUUACCACCAGAUGGUGACAAAAAGAAGAAAGGAAUAAAAGCAGCAAUAAGCAAAACAGUAGAAAAGAAAACCAAAGUAGAAGGUGGAACUAAACGUAAAUUAAAUGCAGAAGGUGAAUAUGAUCCGAGUUCUCCAACAUCCGAGAACAACGAUGAGGCACCUACAAAAAAAGUCGCCUUGUCGAGUGAGACAGACACGGAAGAUAAGCAAGAAACCAAACCAGCAUCGCCGAAGAAAAAAACAUUGCCUGAACUCGAAAAAUACUGGAAAGCCGUUAAUGAAGAUCCGUCUGACUUUACGGGAUGGACGUACCUUUUGCAAUAUGUUGAUCAAGAAAACGACGCAGAGGCUGCGCGCGAGGCUUACACCAAAUUCUUGGAACGUUAUCCAUAUUGCUACGGUUAUUGGAGAAAGUUCGCCGAUUACGAGAAGAAGAAGGGCAACCCCGAAAAUGUCCAAACGGUGUUCGAUCAAGGUCUGAAAGCUAUUUCGCUAAGUGUCGACUUGUGGCUUCAUUACAUCAACCACUGUAAAACCGUUUAUGAAAAGGACGAGGAGAAGCUCCGCGAACAAUACGAAAGAGCCAUACAAGCUUGUGGACUCGAGUUUAGAUCGGACCGUCUUUGGGAAAGCUACAUAAAAUGGGAAUUGGAGGGAAAACGUUUGAGCAAAGUGACAGCUUUGUACGAUCGUUUAUUGUCAACACCCACUCUGGGCUACAUCUCUCAUUUUGAGGCUUUUCAAGAAUUUGUUUCAUCCAACUUACCGAAUCGCAUUCUGAGCGUGGACGACUUCCUUGCACUACGCGCCGAAGUAAAGGCCUUGCUGAAAGCGGACGAUACUACCACUACGACGUCUGCCGCGGAUGACGCACCGCCUGGUGAAGAACCGCCGCCUCACGAAGUACCGCCUACCGAUGAGGAGACCCGCGCUAUCCGCGAGAAGAUCAUCAGUAGCAGACGGAAAAUGCACAAGGCCAACGUCAACGCGGUAGCUGCGCGAUGGUCAUAUGAAGAAGGGAUAAAGAGACCGUACUUUCAUGUAAAACCGCUGGAGAGAUGUCAGUUGAAGAAUUGGAAGGAAUACCUCGAUUUUGAGAUUGAACAAAAAGAUCAAAAUCGAAUAAUCAUCUUAUUCGAGAGGUGUCUCAUAGCCUGCGCACUUUAUGACGAGUUUUGGAUGCGAUUUGUACGCUAUCUGGAGUCAUUGAAGGGAGAUAAUACAGAAAAAAUUCGAGACGUGUAUUCGCGGGCUUGUAUGGUGCAUCAUCCAAAGAAACCAAAUUUGCAUUUGCAAUGGGCCAUCUUCGAAGAAGGUCAGGGUAAUUUCGAGAAAGCGGCUGCCAUAUUAGAAAAUAUAGAUAACGUUCUACCAAAUUUGCUACAAGUGGCGUAUCGACGAAUAAACUUGGAACGCCGUCGAGGCGACUUGGAGAAAGCGUGCGUUUUAUACGAAAACUACAUCAGCAAUAGCAAAAACAGAACAAUUGCUAAUAAUAUUGCUGUAAAAUACGCGCGAUUCUUAUGCAAAGUUAUGAAUGACGUUGACAAAGCAAUCAAAGUAUUAAUGAAGGCCACCGAUAAGGACAAGGACAAUCCAAGAUUAUAUCUACAAUUAAUAGACUUGGCAAUGCAACGACUACCAGUCGAUACUCAAGAAAUAAUAGGUUAUAUGGACAUGUUUAUAGAUAGAGAACAUGCUGAUCUAGAACAAAGAGUACUAUUCGCGCAACGCAAAGUGGAAUUUGUAGAAGAUUUCAGUCCUGACAUUCGGCAGGUUUUGAAGGCUCACGAGCAAUUCCAGAAAUGCAUUAAGCAAGCAAAAGAAAGAAAAAAGGCAAAGGGUGAAGAUACUAAAACUGAUUCUUCGCCACCGAAAAAAGUCAAGACCGAUCAGACAAAUGUACCACCUCCACCAUCUGUUGGUUCGCAAUCUUCUUACCAGUACAGCAGCGGUCCAAGCGGACCCUACCAAUCGCAGCAACAAUUCCAAGGCGGACAGUACGGUGGUCAAGGUGGCUAUCAGCAAGGUUAUCAGCAGUAUCCACCGCCAUCAGAUCCUAACUACGCUAAUUAUCAAAAUUGGCAGUACGGCCAAGGCGGACCCCAAGCUUAUGGUCCUUAUAAUCAGUGGGGUUCUUAUAAUUACUAUUAAUAUGAAUGACAGUUGUCUUAAGAGCACAUGGGACUAUCGUUAAGAUUAUUAUCGUUAAUUGUGUCUAUUGUACAUUCUGUUUUAUUUACCGAUUUCGAUUUAUAUAUAGAAAUCAAACGGAAUUGCUGUUUAAAUACAUUGCGAUAAAUGAAUCUUUUAGAGAGAGAGAGAGUAGAAUCUUUCUUUUCUACGACAAAAGAUAUAAAAAGGGAAGUUUUCCAUUUUGCUCUUCAGAAUAGAUAUUAAUGAACCGCAGCGUAUUUCGAUAUCUUGACAUGAGAAUUGUGUCAAUUUUCGUAAAACACAGCCGUGGAAGUCUUGAAUUUAAGACAUCAUCUUUGACGUUCACACUUGUUUGUAUUUCCCACUCUCACUUUCUGAGUUGUUCUGCAGUAAACAUGUUUAUAUGUUUACGCUAGAAAUAAAAUUAGGAAACAACAGCAAGAUAACGCAUAAACACCAAAGUAAAUGCUCCGCAACGUAAACUUGCACAUACAAUUCUGUCACAAAUUAAUCUAUUCAAUUUUUUUCUUUAACGAAUAACAUCGUACAUAUUGGAUAAAUUGUGUACCGUUAGCAGAACUUUACUCUCACCGUGUAUUACUGGAAUUUUAUAUUAUACUAAACAAUAUGAACAACGAUUAAAAUAAUUGUUUUGUUCAAAUUUGCAAUUUAAGAACACUUCGGAUUGAUCUCGCACAAGUAUUAUUUAUAUCGCUUUAACUACGAUAAAAAGUGUAUCUACGCCUUGAUAAAGCCGUAAUAUUUCUGAAACACAUGUAUAUACAUCCAGUAAAUUUGAUGAUUUGAGCAAGGUUUAGCAUAUUAUUAAGCCGAUGUAAUAUUAAACAUUUGCAUUAUGUGUUGCAAAGCAGACAUGUAUAGUGUACAUGUGUCUAAGAACAAUCAGAUCAAAUAAGAAUGAGAAAGAAACGAAUAUUUAAUUUAAUGCGAAAUUGCGCUGAACACACAGCGGAUGUUUUUUUUUUUUUUUGUUAGAGCAUACUGCUAAAUAUAAACAACGGAUUAUUAGAAAAUAUAUCAUAAAGCAAAACUACUUGUUAUAUAAAAAAAAAAGAAUGCCAAAGACCAAGAUAUCAAUUUUUUUUCUACGAAAAAAAAAAAUAAAUGAGUAAAAUCCUGCUAUUGGUGUACAAGUUUCCUCGGUUCCUGUGUAUGUAUUCGUUGAAGCGUUUGAUAUAAAUUUUAUGGAGUACAACACACGUGCGCGUUUAUGAUUUUUGAAAAAUUACAGAUCUCACUAAAAUGGCGAAAUUUUACGAUUAUUCACUUGUACUCAAAUUAAUUCUAAUUAAUAACAUAUGUAUCUGUAUAGUUGGUUAAAAUUAAAAUUUAAAACUUU